ACGUGACGGCACGGCACUCACGUGACGCCCGUCAUGGCGGCCUCCGUGGCGGCGCGCGGCGGGGGCGCCGUGACGCGGCGGCUGCUGCGGGGGGCGGCGCGGGGCCUGCGCGGGGCCGGCGGCGGCGGCGGGGCCGCGGCGGAGCCGGACGGGGACGGGGCCGCGGCGGAGCCGGCGGGCGCCGUGGUGAACGUGGUGUUCGUGGACCGCGCGGGCCGCCGCGUCCCGGUGCGCGGCCGCGUCGGGGACAACGUGCUGCACCUGGCGCAGCGGCACGGGCUGGAGCUGGAGGCCAGACCCACCUGGACCGGCUCCCGGCCCCCGACGAGCGGCCCCGCGCUCCCUGGCCGGGCUGCUGCGGCCCCCCGCGCCCCUCCGCGCCGCCCGCUGACGCCGGCUCUGGCCAGGGAGGACGAUCUGCUGGACAUGGCGCCGCUGCUGCAGGAGAACUCGCGCCUGGGCUGCCAGAUCGUGCUGACGCCGGAGCUGGAGGGGGCCGAGUUCACCCUCCCCAAGGUCACCCGCAACUUCUACGUGGACGGCCACGUCCCCAAGCCCCACUGACGGGGGGCAGGGGCCGGCCCGCGCCGGGGGGCCGGAUCCCCCCAGCCGCGAAGAGGACGCCGCCGGCCCGGCCGCGCCGGAGGGGACGGGCAGCGGGACGGUGGCACCGGGCGCCGGCGGGGCCCCUCGGC